AUGCAGCAGGCCGUGUUCCACCAGCACCGCGGGGUGCGGGCCGGCUACGCCUUCAGCCUCCGCGAUGAGGACCACCUCGGCGAGCACGUCGAGGCGAUUCGGCAGGAGGUGGACCGCAUGGCCGCCGUCGUCCUCGCCCCGGCGGAGUUUGACUACCUCGCCGGGCUGCCCCAAUUCAAGCCGGAUUACCUGCGAUACCUCCAAUCCUACCGAUUCCACCCGCGCCAGGUCCACCUCCGCGCGGAGUCCCGGGGCCCCAACACCCCCUCCCGCCUGGUGCUGGAGAUCGAGGGCCCGUGGGUGGAGACGAUCCUGUGGGAGAUCCCUUUGCUGGCGAUUAUCAGCGAGGUCGUCCAGCGCGCGCGGCACCCCACCAAAGGCGUCGAAGACGCCCUUCGGAAGCUACGGGGGAAUCUCGAUCGCUUCUUCGCCGCCCACGACGCGGCGGAGUUGGCGAGCUUCCGCAUCGCCGACUUCGGCUCCCGCCGGCGGUUUAGUCGGGCCGUUCACGAGGCGAUCGUUCGCGCCCUCCACGCCGAUCCCCGCUUUUCGCGGUAUUUAGUCGGGACGAGUAAUUGCGAUCUCGCGCGGCGGGUGGGGAUCCCGGCGGUGGGCACCCAGGCCCACGAGUGGUAUCAGGCUUUUCAACAACUCGCCCCAGAGCUUCGCAGCUCCCAGGCGAUGGCGAUGCAAAUGUGGUUGGUGGAAUACCCCAAUUGCCUGGGCAUCGCGCUUACCGAUUGUAUUACGAUGGAUGCCUUUUUGAAGGAUUUUAACUCAGCCCUCGCUUCGACCUACAUCGGGCUUCGACAGGAUAGUGGAGAUCCCGUGGAGUGGGGAGAGAAGGCGAUCGAACACUACCGCGCGCUAGGGAUCGAUCCGAAGGAUAAAGUCCUCGUCUUCUCCGACGGAUUGAAUCUGGAGAAAGCGGUGGGGUUGUAUAAUCGCUUUAAGGCGCAGACCACGGUGAUGUGCGGGGUCGGGACCUACCUCAGCUGCACCAUUGACGGGGUAAAACGGCUUAAUAUCGUUAUUAAGAUGGUGCGAUGUCAGGGCCGCCCGGUCGCGAAGGUGUCGGAUAGCCCCGGCAAAACAAUCUGCGGUGAUUCGAAGUUUGUUGAGCGACUUUUAAGGAUCUUCAACGUGCCGAGUCGCGCGAUUGGGAAUAGACGUGAGGUGAUUAGUACUUAG